AUUCCAAGAAUAAAAACACCAGCGCCAAAGUGGUGGGAACCUGAAACUCCAACUCAUCGAUUCCAUAUUUCGUAAUCGAUUAGAAAAAUUGUAAACAAUGCCGGGUGCAAAGAAUUUUCUAAAAAUCCCUAGAAUUUCCACUACUUUUCCCAGAAUUAUCAUCCGUACUCUUUCUACCAAACCUAUUGGUAAUUUAAAAUCAACUCUCGAGAUUAAUCGCCGCGUGUAUCAACCAGAUCAGUGGACAAAUGUUAAUCCAAGAAUCCUGUCGUUCCUCGAGCGACGAAUUCACGUCCAGGAACAUCAUCCACUGUCUAUAGUGCGUCAGAGAAUUGUGAAAUUCUUCGGGGAGAAGUACAGGAAUUCUAAAGGCAAUCCCCUGUUCAGUACACAUGAUUCUCUGAGUCCAAUUGUAAGUGUUGAGCAGAACUUUGAUAGCCUUCUGAUUCCCAAAGAUCAUCCAAGUCGGGAGAAAUCCCAAUCCUACUACCUCAACAGGGAGUUCAUGUUGCGGGCUCACACUACAGUGCAUCAAGCUGAGCUCAUCACUGCAGGAUUGGACAAUUUUCUGGUUGUGGGAGAUGUCUACAGACGAGAUGAAAUAAAUUCCACCCACUAUCCAGUCUUCCACCAGCUGGAUGCUGUGAGGAUUCACACAAAAAAGAGUCUCUUUGGAGAACUUGAUCUUCAAGUUAUGGAAGAAAAUCCUCCUGCCCUGGAGGAAUCCACCCAUCAGUCUUAUCACACCCUCGAAGCUGUAAAGCUAACUGAGCAGGAACUAAAAGAUACCCUUGUGGGUCUUGUCAAGAGUCUUUUUGGCCAGAAAGUUAAAUAUCGCUGGGUAACAACAACAUUUCCCUUUACUCAUCCCUCCUGGGAGCUCGAAAUCUUCCAUCGUGAUGAAUGGCUAGAGGUUCUAGGCUGUGGAAUCAUGCGUCAUGAGAUUCUCAGACGAUGUGGCCAUGAAAAUGCAAUUGGAUAUGCUUUUGGAUUAGGCCUAGAGCGUCUAGCAAUGGCACUCUUCCAGAUUCCUGAUAUUCGUCUAUUUUGGAGUCGUGAUUCUGGUUUCUUGAACCAAUUUCACAAUGAUAUGCCUCCGGGGAAGAUCUACAAACCAGUUUCACUUUAUCCUCAAUGCUCAAAUGACUUAUCCUUCUGGCUGCCGGGCACUUCCAGCCCGGACUCCUUUGACAGCAAUGAUUUGUAUGACGAAGUGAGAAGUGUUGGCGGAGAUAUGGUUGAACAAGUUCAUCUUCAUGACCAAUUCACACAUCCUAAAACAGGAAGGACAAGUCUCUGUUUCCGAAUAAUCUACAGACACAUGGAGAAAACUCUAACGCAAGCAGAAGUCAACGAUAUUCACGAAAAAAUAGGAAAAACUCUUGUUGAGAAGUUCAGUGUAGAAAUUCGAUAGUUUUUUUUUUGGAAAUAGCGUGAUAUUUAUUGUUGAAAUAGAGAAAAAACAGUCUAAUCAUCUUCA